GCGGUUUUAAAACUUAGUCUCAGCCUCCUCUUCUCAGAGUGAGCGUGAACAUGGCGAGCGCUGGAAUAUCUGAGCAGGACAUGGAGAAGAAGAUAGAGGAAACAAGACAGAGGUUCCAGAAUGAGUAUCUAAAAGAUUCAUCCGACAGGUACGACUCCAGGGAUGUGGACAGGUUGCUGCGUGACGACCUGCUGGUUGACGGCUACCUCACGUGGCGCUUCUUCGUCGUAGACGAUGCCUUGAAAAUGAUUGACGAAAGCUUUCAGUGGAGGAAAGAGUUCAGAGUAAAUGACCUUGCUGAAGGCCUCGUGCCCAAGUGGACAUUCGAGACGGGUGCUGUCUAUAUCCAUGGUUACGAUAAAGAAGGCAACAGGUUAUUCUGGUUCAACGUCAGGAAGCAUUUCAAGGAUUCCAAGACUGUGCGGGACAAGAAAAGUUACGUGGCCUUCUGGCUUGAGCGCCACGUAGUGCAACACCCGGACAUGCCCAUCACCGUGGUGUUCGAUAUGUCAGACACUAGCCUCAGCAACAUUGAUCUGGAGUUUGUGAAAUAUAUAAUUAGUUGCUUCAAAGUGUAUUAUCCAAAGCUAUUGUCCAAGAUGCUCAUGUACGAGAUGCCUUGGAUCAUGAAUGCGGCCUGGAAAAUUGUGAAGACGUGGUUGAGUCCAGAAGCCAUCAACAAGCUGAAGUUUCUUUCAAAGAGCGAAAUCCAGAGCUACAUUGACACUGAGCAGCUACCAUCACAUAUGGGGGGAACUGAUUCCUUCAAGUACACUUACCCUCCACUCCCCGAUGAAGAUUCCCACUCCUCCAUAGCUAAGAACGGACCGUGUGAUAAAGUGGAAGAAAAUGGAGUAUUGGAUGGCGCUGUAAUGCCGAAAAAGGACUGAUAAGGGAUCAUGCUGCAUCUUACCAGAACAAGUGCAGAAACUUGGAUAUGUCUGCUGCAGGACAGGCAGACGUGCUCUUUUGGGUAUUUGUGAGCACCCAGACUACACCAGUUCAUCACCCCUGUGUUUGUACUCAUACAGUAAUAGUGUGUACCUAAUUCAAGUUUUCAACAUUUAACACAUAAAUCUCAGUAAAUAUGUUUUCUUCUAUGCAUAUUGCGCUAAACUGUCUUUAACUAUUCAAGCAGUGAUCAAAUAACACUCCAUCUUCUCACACACAUUUUACUUUAGUAUUGGGUCUGUGCAAGUAUUAAUGUGGUUACACAAUAUCCAUUCUGACCUCUGUAUAGACCCUUGAAUAUUCAUACUGCUGACUGCUGUAUCUGACUGAAGCUACGGAGCAAAUGGAGCUCAUGCAGCACAUGGCAUAGUGUGAUCAAACCCGAAUUUAGUGCCUUGUCUCCAUUAAAGCUUGAAUUAUACAGCUUAUUGAUUACAUCUAUGGAAAAAUCAGGUUAUGACUAAUUUGAUUACAUUUAAUGUAUUGUUGACUCAGUGACUCAGCUUCGUACUGUAUGUUGUGUUGAAAUAUCACAUGCAGGGCUCCCACCCUUACUCAUGACCCAUGAUGCAUUUCUUUUAAUUUAUAAAUGUUUUUAUAGUUUUAAAAAAAUUGAAAUUGCCGAACAUGUUAUAUAAGGUAAUGAUGUUCUCGUUGCUUAAUGCCACCUCUAAAUCUCAGUUGUUAUCCUGUGUGAGUCACUGGGUUGAGUCCUCUUUCCUGCAGUUUUCUCUGCCUGUAAAAGGCACAUAGGGCACAGGAAGCAUUCACAGAGUGGGUGCAAAAGUCAUUUAUCGGUGUUUCAAAAUGUGUCAUUUGUUACCGCUUUAUAUGGUGCUCUGUAGUUUUUCGUUUGUAUGGUUUUAUAUUGUAGUACAACAUUACUGUUAGUAAUAUUGUACUGCAAUAUAAACAUGCAACAUGCAAUCAUUUUAAUCUUAAUUUCUCACAAUCUCGACCGAUUUAAACAUGCAUCCAGAGUUAAUUGCCUUAAUUGUUUGAGCAUGGAUUACUGUUCUGACACAUUUCGGCACAGUAAUCAUCCCCAGUAGGAUGAUUUCACAUGCAGAUACAACAUUCCUCCAUCAUUUCAGACUUUUUAUUUCUAUGUAACUUAACAACAAAUGUGCAGAAGGCCAUACAGGUGUCACCUAGCACCAUGUGAUUUUUUUUGUUGGAACUAGAUUUACCACUCUUGUAUUGAUCAUUAUAUUCAACACUAUUUAUGCAUGACCCAUCUCUUUACCGUUGGCUUGGACAUUUUUAAGUAAAGUUAGUGCCUGUAGUCACUCUGUGUGUUUGUCUUAUGUAAGAUGUGGAUGAUCAUAUGCUAUAUAAUACGGCGACCACUCCAUAGCUCCACAGGUUACUGAAUAAGUUAUAUUGCUAUAGUGAUCUCUUACAAUAUUUCAUUAGUGUUUUAUGUGGUCAUGGCGGCAGAGCAGGUACCGCCAGUGUCCCCAACCUGCUUGGGGGGUUAGGGAUUUGCGUAUUUCUCCUGGUGUUUUGCACCCCUUGACAUGCACUGGCAGACCACUCCUGUUCCUCCUUUAACUUGGAAACCACGAGAGUGGUUGGAAGCAACAAUGUUGGAAGUUGAGUCGAAUGCGAUUCGGUGGCACAUCCAUUAAUCUUUCAUUUCAGCUUUUUAUUUAUGGAUCUCAAAUAAGAUACUUUGAAUCCUUUAAACUUUUGAAAUACAAUGGUUUAAUUUGUGAUUUUUAUUUUCAAUAUGAAAUUCAAGUACAGAUGCUCCUUGACUAACGAUGUGGUUACAUUCCAAUAAAGGGUAAGUGGAAAAAUCGGAAGUCGAAAAAGAAUACAGUACAAAAAAUACAAAGGAUUACAAAGAAUACAGUUUCGUCUCUAGAGUAAUUAUUUUCCUCUUUUUCUUCCACCCAGAAGCAGGAGACACACAUGGACAUUUAGUAGACAUGAUGAUAUGCAAAAACACUAAAUACAAAGUGCUUUCAGCACAGUACUGGUUGUUUACACUCAUCUGCAUGAUCGCUACAGAGAUCUACUGCGAGCGUGGUUGAGUGGAUGCUGCGGCUUGCUGCCAUCGCCCAGCAUCGGGAGAGAGUAUCGUACCACAUAUUGCAAGCGUGGGAACAGAUUGAAAUUCAAAAUUCGAAGUACGGAUUCUACCGAAUGCGUAUCGCUGUCGUACCAUAGUAACUUUGAAAAAUCGUAAGUCAAACCGUCGUAAGUACAGGAGCAUCUGUAGUCUUUUUCCAAUGUGUUUGAUAUUUCUGUAAUACAGUUCUUGUUUUGCAGCAGAAUAAUUAAACUCUUGGGUGUUGUUUUAUUUAAAUGAGAAUACAUUUGUGCUUUAAUUAAGGGAAUUUAUUGCUGAAAGACUGUAGCGAGCAUGUGUCUUACAUAAGAAAGGAAGUAUUUCCAGUUUAAAUUGGAUGACUGUGUUAUUAUAAACUGUAAAAUAUGACAAAUGUAGUCUGAUAAUAUCUUGUAUGUGAUAUUUCCUUUUUUAUAAACUUUUGUGGGUUUUUUCCAUUUGACAGUUGUCCCCCAGAUUUAAGUACAUGGAAGAAAUAUUCAAGUGUAUUGGCCAUUUAUUUCCACUUAUGUUUAACUGCACAGUGAAGUACUUCCAGCAAUCAGAUCAUCCCCAUUUUUGUGGGCAGAGUCAAUGCAAUGUCUAAAGCUUUUCACUUAGAAUUGUAUUUUUUACUUGGCUGUAAUAUUUAAUA